CUUGGAUUCGUCUAUUCAAUAAACAUUUUUAAACGAGUGGAUUAUAGGUUGUGCGUGUGAAACAUGACCCUCAAUGACCGGCUAGUUGAGAUUCAAAGUGAUUACUGUUUCCGGCAAAACGAUUGCUUCAAUAGUUACGAUGAAUUUUCGGCCAAACUGGAAUUGCACAGCUCCAAAGAUUUGGUAUACUACUGGCGGCGCGAUUCGCGAACUAUCGAAGGAGCGGCCCUCAAGACGUCCCGCCCCAUAGCGACCGCCCUACGAUACUACUCUGUGCGGUAUUCCUGCAUAUUUGGAGGUCAAAAAUUUGAGCCGAAGUCCAGAGGAAUGAAAAAACUCAAACAAUCUAUUCGAAAUGAUUGCCCCGCCUACAUCGCGUUACGCGCCUCCAAAUGUGGCCAACAAUUAGUAGUAAUUUCUGUUUCUAAUAUUCACAAUCAUGAAAUCAGUUUAGAAGUGACAAAAAAUCUAGCUCACACGAAAAAACUGUCCUCCGAUAUGAAACAGGAAGUGAGCAUGCUUCUCACUCACAGCGUGGACAAGAAAUUAAUCCGCGAGUACGUGCGGCUAAAAGAAGGUAAAGAGUUGAACUCCAAGGAUCUUUGCAAUCUAGUAGCAUCGCUGAGAAAAAAUGUACACUUCAGAGACUCCAGCCCGGAUUCAAAUAAAUCCAUAGAACUCACCGCGAAUCUGAUCAACUACAUUAACAUAAAUCGAGGAUCAAGCCCAAUGCAGGAACUCUCAGUCUUGGACCUUGUGGAACCUGAAAGCACCAGGGAAAGCGUAACAUCCGAAAUGGUAGAAGAACGUCUGAUUGAUGAUUUCGACAAUGAUGAAACACAGAGCGAUGAUCGUUCCGGUGAUAACCAUGAGGAGUGUGUCAUAGAGAUUUUGGAUGCUUCUCAAUUUGAAAAAGAUGAUUCGCCGUUACAAACGCUACAAUCCAGCCCAAGGAAGAGACGCUCCAAGUACCGGUGGAGAUCUGCGUCGUGUGUUGCCUACUGUCCGAACUAUAGGCUCGUCAGAGCGCAGCUUGAAGUGCUACGGGCUCGAAGGGACAAGCUCCGCGAGGAAACCGAAUUGCUGCGACUGAAGAAACGGAAACUUCAACUGGAGAUCGAAAGGAUGAAUAAAACAAGAGACGUUUAAUAGA